CUACGUUUGCCUGCUUCCCCUGGCGGAAUAAUUUCUAUGUGAAACGCUCCGAAAGACCCGACAGUUUGUAAUUGGAUGUAACGGUACGGUGACAUUAAAGGGAGAAGUUCCCUACCGGGGUUAUCCCCCUCCAUUGAAAUGAUGUCAGUAACUGCCGUUGCACUCCUCAUUCGUCCAAAGAUCAACUGAAGAUCCCUUGGGACCUCGUAUUCACAUUUAUAUAAGUCCUUCACCACCACCCACCUUUCCCACUGCAAUCCAAUCCAAUCCAACCCAAACAACAAACAUCAAUCAAAAUGCAGUUCAAGACUCUCUUCGCCGCCUCUCUCCUCGGCCUCGCUGCCGCCGCCCCUGCAGAGGAGUGCACCAAGACCGGCCCCGCCAAGUCCGGCAACUCUCCCGCCCCCAAGACCUUUGGCCUCGUCGCUCUGCGAUCCGCCAGCCCUAUCCACUUCACGCACUUCAGCGCCUCGGAGAACGGCUUCCUGCUCGGUCUUCCCAAGGAUAAGCAGAAUGCCACCUGCACUGGCAAGUCUGAUGGAUCAGCUGUCUUCCGUCUGAGCGAGGGUGAACUGUUCCUCUACAACACUGGAAAGAAGCAGCAGCGCGCUUACACCGAUCGCUCCGGAAUGGGCCAAGGUGUUCUUCAGUAUGCCACCGUCACCAAGAACCCACUUCCCGAGGCGUUCGAGACAAAGGGCUGGAAGAUCGAUAAGUCUGGCAACCUUAACUUUGACAAUGCUAGCGGUUUCACUGCCUGCCCCAACGGCCCUGAUGGUUCUUGGACCGUUUGGGUUGCCACUGGUAACUCCCGCCCUGGAAACAGCGACAAGGAGUGUCUUGGAUUCAACGCCCGCGUUGCUGAGAUUGAGCACCCUACUAGCUGCUUUUACUCCGAGUACUCUGGUUAAACCAAGGCUUGGAUGAUUCAUGUAUAUAGUUCUAGAGCGUAUGUCUUCUUGUUAAACUGAGAAUAUGUUUAUUACUUACCCUACAUCGGAAAAUUAUAAAACUUAAGUAUACUUAA